AAAUUUUGACGAAGCUAAUUUAUGAUCGAAUAUACACAAAUCUAUCGAUUUUGAUUGGAUGAGAGGAAGCCAUAUGGUAAAUCUAUCGAUUUUGAUUGGAUGAGAGGAAGCCAUAUGGUUCGGUAAAUACUAAAUACCAAUAUCGACCCCAUUAACUACUGGGCACACAAAGACAUCAAUAAACAUUGUUUGGUAAAUUGGAUAAAAUUGCAUAAAGGUUUUCGAGUUACAGCAGACUAUGUGUUGAUUCAGAAUCAGACAGAAAGUGGAAUUACUAGCUUGAUUUGUAUUAAAAAUGGCAGCUGCUGUUGUAUCUUCAAACAGUUUUGAUAAUAUUCCUAGUACAAGACAAUUCGUAAUACAGUUAGAUGACAAUACAAGCUACCCGGAACAUGUGUUACUAAAAAUAAACAAAAGUAGUGGAUGUCAGCCAAGACCUUCUGAUGUCGGAAUAAAAACAUGUUUUUCCUCAAAUUCGACUUCGUCUCGAAAUCCUUCUAACGCGAAACGAGAAGACAGUUACAAUUUUUACAAAUCUAUUACAAAUAUUCACAAAUGGCCAGGUGACGAUACCUAUGACAUUUCUAAAAUACAGGAAUGGAAAGAUUGGAGACAGAAAGCUAAUUUGCAUAUGGCGAACACGAUCAUUGACGAAGAAUGUCCCGGACUUUCCCGAGUAAGUGAUAUAACAACCCACCCUAUUGAAAAUGACAUUGUUUUCAAUGUGUUUAAGACAACAAGGUCAUCCGAAGGUUCAAUGUCAGUGCUUGGUGUUACUUCAUACAGUAUGUUUGGGAUACCUCGGAUCCAAUCAAAAGUCGAUUUCGAUGACAAAAGUAGCCUCCAUGUGGAUGAUUUAAUGCCGCCAGAUUACGACGACUGUUUCUAUGGUAACGAUGACCUUCCUCCGGAUUACGACGAAGUUUUUCAGACAUAGGAUGAUAUUCAAACGUUCAGGUAUAUAGUGCAAGCAGUUCAAACAUAUUAAAUGUUUACUGUUUAUUCUCAGGAGGCCAAACAGUUUGAACUUCAUAUGAAAGCGAGGUUGAUGAUAUUUAUAAUGAACGAUGUCUUUCAAAUAUGACGCAAACCGAUUGAAAACAUAUUAACAUAUAAUCUUAAUUUUUUUGUUAUUAAAAUAUGGUAUUGUUUGAUAUUAUGGUAUUGUUAGAUAUAGAUUACUUUGUGAUUUUAAGUGUUUUUUAUCCGUUGUUUGCUUUUAGGAUUUAAACUUGAAACACGUAACUGUUUUUAAAAAUAGUGCAAGUUCCUGACAUUGGUGAACUCUGAUAUGAAGCUGCUUAAAAAAGUGGAAAUAUACUGUAAAAUGUGACUUGGACAGAAGUUAAUUAGAAUAACAACAAGUUUGACGUCAAAAGUAUCCAAAUAUGUAGUUUUUGUUUUGAAAUGUAAUGGGUUGUACAUGUUUUUAUAGACCGUUUGCUUUUAUGAAUAUUAUACCUAAGUAAAUAAUUUUAACAUGACACAUGUUAUCAGUCUUAAUAAACAGUUUUAUAAUUGAAA